AUGGCCGUGAAAUCUGGUAUUGCCGUUGGUUUGAACAAGGGUAAGCAGGUCACCCCAAUGACCCCACCUGCUAAGAUCUCCUACAAGAAGGGUCAAUCUAGCAACAGAGUUAAGUUCGUGCGUUCCCUUGUCAGAGAAUUCGCUGGUUUGUCUCCAUAUGAAAGAAGAUUGAUCGAUUUGAUCAGAAACUCCGGUGAAAAGAGAGCUAGAAAGGUCGCCAAGAAGAGACUUGGUUCUUUCGUCAGAGCUAAGGCUAAGGUUGAAGAGAUGCAAAACAUCAUCACUGCUUCUCGUCGUCACUAA